GGUACCGGCAUUUGUGGUACCCUAUGAGGCAGUUCGUCGGGUACCGGCUUUCACUUUUAACGUGCACUUUAUCGGUCGGGACAAUAAUCGCGUUUAGGUUCUUUCGGACAGUGUUUGAAUUAAUUUUUUAAUUAUGUUUAAAAAUUGUUGGGUGAAACAAAGUGUCCUUUUCGGUUGUUGCUAUUUGCUGCUUAUUAGUUUUUCGGGAAUUUAUGGUCAAAAAGCUAGAGCACGUCGAAAAGAUGAACCCGCAUCGAUAUCGGAACUGUUCAACACUACCUCCUGUAUACCAAAACCGUUCAAAUGUCCUCACAAACAGAUUCAAUUCUUUCUAUAUACGAGGAGAACACAAAAAGAACCCGAACUACUAGACACAACCAAAGAAGACUCCUUGUACAAUAGUCAAUUCAACAGGAAGUACCCGACCAAGAUAGUGGUGCAUGGUUUUGGCGGUGGGAGGAACUUGUCUCCCAGUACUGACAUGAGGGAUGCUUAUUUCUACAGGGGGCACUACAACGUCAUUAUAGUCGAUUAUGGGACGCUUGUCAAAGAACCAUGUCUUAGUCAAAUGGAAUGGGCUCCCAGAUUCUGUGCCAAAUGUAUAGCUCAAUUAAUCAGAUAUUUAUCUCAGCAUCCCAGAGGAAUAAGGGCAGACGACAUGCACCUUAUAGGGUACAGCAUUGGAGCUCACAUAUCGGGAUUGGUGGCCAAUUUUAUCGAUAACGACUUGGAUGGAAAAAUUGGAAGAAUAACAGGUUUAGAUCCAACGAUAUUUUUCUAUAUGGGUCAAAACUCAUCCAGAGAUCUGGAUGCAACAGAUGCACAUUUUGUUGAUGUGCUGCAUACAGGCGCGGGGAUUCUAGGACAAUGGGGACCAACAGGACAUGCGGAUUUCUACAUUAAUGGAGGGUCUAGUCAGCCUGGGUGUGGUAGUGAUACUGUUUUUAAGACUCUGGCAUGUGAUCAUACAAAAGUGACACCAUAUUUUAUAGAAUCUAUAAUAACGAAAAAGGGAUUUUGGGCAUAUCCAUGUCCCACUCUAUUGAGUUUUAUGUUGAACUGGUGCCAACCUGAAGAAACAGACUAUGUUUUGAUGGGAGAACAUGUCUCACAUGAUGCCCGUGGUAUCUACUACGUCAGGACGAAAGCUGACCCACCAUGGGCUUUAGGACCACCAUUGGAUAUUAAACAGAAACUAGCUAGAAGAGCGUUGCCAAUAUUGAACAGAUUGAAGAAAGAACUAUCUCCAGAUCAACAACAAAAUAAAUAAUAAUUCUGAUUCAUCCAAAACUCUUUGUAAAUCUGUAUAUAUUAAUUUUAAACGUAUAAAAAAAGUAUUCCCUAUCUGCAAAAACUUGAUGAUAGUGGUAUCUAUAAAAAUAUUUUUAGUAUGCUGUUUUAAAUUGUGCUUUAAUUAUACUUUGUGAAAUAUUAACAGUAGAAAUCAUAGCCUUAUUAAGCCCCAUACGUUCAUGUGUCCAUGCACGCAUAGUGUGUAUGAUGCGGUUUCGUGAUAUUUCUUUUGAUGCGGUUUGCCCAAAAAUUGAUAUUCUGCCGAACUUGAUAUUCACUACUCAUCGCAUCGAGGUAUUGGUGCAUCAAAUCGACGCAUCGGCGAACCGCAUCAGCGCAUAGUGAGUAUGGAGCUUUACUGCUAUUUUCAUAAAUCAUGAGAAUGAAAAAAUAUUGGUUUCAUUCGAUGAGAAAUAUAUUUAAUAUUUUAAACUUUAGUUUCAGAAACAAUUUAGUUUUUUUGUCUGUAGGUUACUAGUUAAGUAGAGGUAGGCAUAUAUAUAAAGAUUUAAAAAUAUUGAAAUGUAUAAAUCUUGCAAAAUUUGGUUAAACAUGAUACUGUAGUAUAUAUUAUACAAUAGAAAAUCCAUCUUGCCCUAUAGACUAUUUUCAAAUUUUUUUAUAGAUAAAUAAGUUAGUUUGUGGAUGGAAUAAUAUUAAUUUAUUAACAUAUCAGAAUAUAAUAUUGCAAAAGAUAUUGUUUAAU